GCUUCAACCUAAACUAUGGAAGGCCAAACACAUAAAAAAAGCGAAGAAACGGUGAUAUCGCACUGCAAGGACCCAAUGCAGGAACAGCGCGAUCGACAGGUUGUGUGAAGCAGGAGUCGUUUACUUGCGCCACCCACUGGUUCGAAGGGCUGAUCGGUAAAAACGCGCUUACGCGGGGCGCUGAUUGGAUGAGAGACCGGAAACCGGAUGCAGUGGGAACGCGAUAACAAAAUACAACUGUUGAAGAACACGCAAGCAAUUGUGUUUUUACAGCAUCAUGACAUCUGGUGGGGUUUCUCUCAUCAAUAUGUCAAACUGGCAAUGCGGUAAAAGGAGAAUACGGCACUUGUAUCUUGUAAACAACAAGUCAUUUAAAGUUGCUAAACAAGGUACCAAUGAGGAUCAGAUGGUACCUCUGUUUCUUGGAGCUGAUUUGUUCUCAGACACAGACAUACGCAGUGAAAACCAACCCAGAUAUCAUGCCAAAUUUGCUAAGCGAGGACUAGCAACUAAACUGGUUUUCCCAUCAGACUGCAGAUUUCAGGGAUUGAGACUUCCUUUCUCCAGUAACAGUCUGUGGUUUUAUAGUAUACAUGGAGUAUUCAGAGUGGCUUUUGAACUUUAUAGCAAACAAGAUCAGCUGUCAGUUAUGGAGUCCUUUCAGGAUCUGUGGAAGUCUCGGAUAGAUGAUGAUAAACUAAACCUGACCUAUCAUCUUGACACCCAAGUGGAUGUUCAGGAGGCACAAACAGUCACAUGUGAAUCCUCCCAAAGCCAUCUGAACUCUGAAGGAGAAAAGGCCUUGAAAAAUGUUCAUGCAUUUACAGAUCAGUCCACCAAUUCAUCUUCUACAGACCACGACUACUGUUCCUCAACAGAGCAAUCGAACACCAUCCAGUCUGCUUUACUUGUUCAGAAACUUAACAGCAUUGGAGAUAAAGUGAAGUUUAUAACAAACAUCGAAGAGGAACAGUUAAACACCACUAAGAAGAUACUGGACUAUGUCGAGUGCUGCAUCAUCGAGAAGCCGGAUGAGGGGAGACUGACGGAUUUGGUGAUGACCCUGCUUCAAACACAUUUUCAAAGGAUAUCCAUCUACUCCAGCGCACUGCUGAAAUCCAUUUCAGGAUGGCUCGGCCAGCAGUUCAGCGCGGCUAACGCCGCUAUCAGUCGUCGGGUUGAAGAUUUUAAAGCCCAGCAUAUUGAACACAUCACAGACCUGCCGCCUCCAGAGGAACUGGCGUCUGAACUUUUCCCAGAGGCCAUGAGGAAUCUUCUCGCCCACUGGAUGGGUUUGAGCGAAGAGGCAGACGAAUGGAAAAGGCACAGCGAAUAUCCCAUCUUAUUGCUUAUCCUCGAAUUUGCCAAUCACAAUCUUAUCACAGGAGUGGCCCAUGUAUUAUAUUCCAGUUUAAUAUCCAAAUAAGGGAUAAUUGGAUUAGGCAUCAUUUAAGACUUAAGGGGUCAAUAAAUAAAAAAAGAAAGAAAGAAAUAGAAGUGAAAUGCAUUUCUACUAUGUAAAUUUUUACCUAUUUGCACUUUUCCACAAAGAGUUUGCUAUCCUAAUUUUAGUUUUUGUAUUUGUGCUAAGGGUAGAACAUUGAAGAUGUUAUUUGACUAAAAUCUGCAAAGCAAUAAAAACAAUUUGUGUGUUUAUUUAUUUAUUAUUGAGUAGCCUGAUGAGGAAUGUGUUAUUAAGAUUUUAUUUAAAGGAGACAUGUCAAAUAAAUCUUUGGUGUCC